AUGGUCGAUAACUGUUGUGCACCAGGUUGCACAAAUAAACGAGGGAAAAAGAAAGGUACGUCGUUUUACCGCAUUCCUAAAGAUGCGGAGAGGCGAGCUAAGUGGAUCAGCGCCAUUAAAAGAGCCAGGAGCACGCAAAACAAGACUGAAAGAUGGGACCCCCCAGCCGUUGGAUUCCGCUUGUGCAGCGAUCACUUCAUAUCAGGGAGAAAGAGUGAUAAUCCCUUGAGUCCGGACUUCGUUCCAACUAUUUUCAACUACGUUCCAUCUCCAGAGAAGAGGAAAAGAAAAAUGAGACUGGAGGUUUUCAACAGACGACAGAAAGCAAAGCUACAGAAGAUGGAGCAGACAAAGCUAUCUGCGAAGGCCAUCCCUCCCAGCCCGAGCCUGAGGGCGCUCACUCUUUUGCCACUCCUGCGGGAAGCAGCAGUCUCUUUGGGUCCGUGGAGUUGUGCUGGUGGGGAGCCUCACACAGUGGUUGGUGGCCCUGUUGGCACGUAUGUGGGCUUGGGCGGCGUGAGCGCUGCCCUGGGAAACGCCUUCUGCUCGUUUUGGCUCAGCGAGGCACAAGUUGUCAGUCUGCCGGCCUGCAUUACAGAGGAUCGAACUACGACUGCCUCUGUGAACUCUCAGAACAUUGGGCCCUCUAUGCCUGAGAGAGUUGCAUCAUUGGAGUUACCGGCUCUGGUAGAUCAGGACGCUGAAAGGCCCGAGCCUGAGGGCGCUCACUCUUUUGCCACUCCUGCGGGAAGCAGCAGUCUCUUUGGGUCCGUGGAGUUGUGCUGGUGGGGAGCCUCACACAGUGGUUGGUGGCCCUGUUGGCACGUAUGUGGGCUUGGGCGGCGUGAGCGCUGCCCUGGGAAACGCCUUCUGCUCGUUUUGUUGGCGCUGAAUUACGCACAGCGGAGGUUGAGAGCACGCCUCCGUUCGGGGUCUGGGGGACCGGUGCUUUCUCUGAUUGCGGGACCGAGCUGCACCUCCCGCGGCAGUUUGGAGACUGCCAAUCAUCACAAGUACACAAAUUCUGAGCCCCGUUUCCACCGGCGCAGCUCCUCCUGCCUCCACUGCUCUGGAUUGACCCCACAGGCCAGAGUCGCUCCAGUUGUGGACACUGAUCAUCAAUAUUAG